AAACUCGCCGGGGCAUACCGAACCAGUGAAGCGGUCUGGACCAUACUCAAAAGUCUCAGUCCAUGGCAUGUAAUGAAAAGUCCCAUUGACCGGUUAGUUGGAGCAAAUAAAUGCCUGAAGCAUCGCUUUCGUCUCCUACAAACCACGCCCAUCUCUUGCACUGCUCCAUUAUCUUCUUUCUCUUGCCUUCUGGUUAGAGAAAGAGAACAAACGGUUACUCACACAGACUCAUAGCAAAAUGAUACCGCAGCAGUGGGCGUCGCCUUGCGGAAACCAGUGCACGAGCAAGUACGCAAUGCUCACGCAGAUCCCAUGGCGAGUAUUCUGCAAAAAGGGGUGUGAUGCUGAUGGAGAAACAUGGGAAGAAUGCUUGGAGCAGUGCAAUGAGAUAUGCUAUAAGGACCCUGUAUUGAAGGACCACCAGUGGAGUGCUUACAUUGACCGUUCUCCUGGAGCUUCGGGCUACUCAGAGGAAUGUUUCCAUGCUUGUGUAUCUGGCUGUGGUUACAAGUUUGAUAUUCUCUCAGAGACAGUUGACAAAGUUCGUCCGAACAGGCCACCUAAGCCUCCCCCGACCCCAAAGCCGACCCAAAAACCUGUUGAUCCCAGUGUGACUGUUGAAGACGUACCUUGCACUUCAGCAUAGUGAGAGACAAAACGUAGAUUACUGACAAAAGUAUACACUAACGACGCGUUAGUUCCAUCAUAGACCCUUUUUUGUUGACAGAAGGUCAUGUUUUUUAUCCAUCUUUUGUCCUUCGUUGGGUUCUACGAGUUUAAACUCACAUAGCAGCUAAGUACUCUUUCCUUUUCAUUUUCUGAUAGCAUGCCUUGGUGUACUUUUUUGGUUCCUGUUCAAUGUCGAUGAGGACAGAGAAGUCAGUGACACAUUUUUUUGCGAGUUUCAUAUUAUGGAACUUCAGAAUGUAUCUCCUUUAACUUCAAUAAGAAAGUAUACAGAGUUUAGCCAAAGUUUGAAGCUUUUUCUUUGGUAAGUUAAUGCAUUUUGCACAAUAGACAUUGCACUCUUAUUGCUCACAGG